AUGGUGUCGAGUACACCACUGACAAAAGAUAUCCUCGACAAGAGUGACAGUCGUGAUGAAGAGCUCGAAGGAGAAUGGCAGGAAACCUGUGGAGUCGAGGAGUCCUGGGGACAUGGAGUUUUCACUGUCAACAGUUCAUCACCAACAGAUUGGAGGAAGCCGAUCGUUGAAUACUUAGAGAAUCCAGACGGAGGUACUGACAGGAAAACCAAAUACAGGGCUUUGAGCUAUGUGUGGUCAGGAAAUAAAUUGCUGAAGAAGACAUCAGAAGAGGUACUACUUAAAUUCCUGGGAGAUACUGAAGCGUAUUUAGCCAUAUAUGAGGUACACAGUGGAGCCUGUGGCGCCCACCAGGCAGGCCAUAAGAUGAAGUCGUUGCUAUUUCAACAAGGGGUUUAUUGGCCCAGUAUGUUGAAAGAUUGCAUAGAGUUUGCCAAGGGAUACCAAGAAUGCCAAAGACACGCAGGUAUUCAACAUAUGCCGGCAAGUGAGUUGCAUGCGAUCAUCAAACCAUGA